CCUCCUCUCCCCUCUCAGUUUUAAUUUUCUACAAGUUUCCCCAACUCUGGCUCCUGAUCGGGCCUUCUGGGUUCGAGGUCCUGGAGGACCCGUACCCGGAUCUCUGUCUACCUCUGACUUUCAGCUUCUCUAACCUGGCCCAGGCUGCCAUCGCCCGGGCCACCUGGUCCGCCCGUCUUACUUCAUUCACCGGCUCACCAGCGCUGCCAGUUGCUGCCCUGUCUCCAGCCCCAAUGGGGGAGUGAGAGGCCACUGCCGGCCGGACAUGGGUCUCCCCACCGUGCCUGGCCUGCUGCUGUCACUGGUGCUCCUGGCCCUGUUGGUGGGGAUCCACCCCUUGGGGGUCACUGGACUGGUCCCUUCUCUUGGGGACCGGGAGAAGAGGGAUAGUUCGUGUCCCCAGGGAAAGUAUGCCCACCCUCUGAAUAAUUCCGUCUGCUGUACCAAGUGCCACAAAGGAACCUACUUGGUGAGUGACUGUCCAAGCCCAGGGCGGGAAACAGUGUGCAAGGAUUGUGAUAAAGGCACUUUUACGGCUUCCCAGAACCACCUCAGACAGUGCCUCAGCUGCAGGACAUGUCGAGAAGAAAUGUCCCAGGUGGAGAUUUCUCCCUGCAGAGCGGACAGGGACACUCUGUGUGGCUGUAAGGAGAACCAGUACCGGGACUACUUGGGUGAAAAGCUCUUCCGGUGCAGGAACUGCAGCCCCUGCUUCAACGGCACUGUGACUAUCCCCUGUAAGGAGAAUCAGGACACCGUGUGUGACUGCCACGCGGGAUUCUUCCUAAGAGGAAAUGAGUGUGUCUCCUGCAGCCAUUGCAAGAAAAAUGAGGAGUGUAUGAAGUUGUGCCUACCUCUGUCUGCAAAUGUCACAAACCCCCAGGACUCAGGUACCGCAGUGCUGUUGCCUCUGGUUAUCUUCCUUGGACUUUGCCUUUCAUUCUUUAUCUUCAUCAACCUAAUAUGCCGAUAUCGCCGGUGGAAGCCCAAUGUCUACUCCAUCAUUUGUGGGAAUUCAGCUCCUGUCAAAGAGGUGGAGGUUGAAGGAAUUGUUACUAAGCCCCUAACUCCAGCCCCUACCUCAACCUUGAGCCCCACCCCUGGCAUCAACUCCGUUCUGGCCUUCAGCCCCACCCCAGGCUUCGGUCCCAUCUCCAGUACCCCCAGUCCCACCUUCAGCCCUAGUAACUGGCCCAACUUCACCACGGUCAUGCCACCUAUAAGGGAGGUGGUCCCAACCCAGGUUGCUGACCCUCUCCUCUAUGCAUCCGCAUCCACCACCCCGGUUCCGGUCCCCACCCCUGUUCCGAAAUGGGAAGACUCCGUCCACCCGCGUCAUCCUGACAUUGCAGACCCUGCUACACUGUAUGCGGUGGUGGACGGCGUGCCUCCGACCCGCUGGAGGGAGUUUAUGCGGUUCCUGGGGCUGAGUGAGCACGAGAUCGAGAGGCUGGAGCUACAGAACGUGCGCUGCCUGCGCGAGGCUCACUACAGCAUGCUGGAAACCUGGCGACAACGCAGGCCGCGCCACGAGGCCACGCUGGACGAAGUGGGACGCGUGCUUUGCCACAUGGACCUGCCGGGCUGCCUGGAGAACAUCCUGGAAAAGCUGGGAAGCCCCGCCUCCUCGUCCGCGCCCCGCCCCCUGCGAUGAGGCCACACCCCCGCCUCAGGGGAGGGACCUGAAGGACAGCCCUUGCUGGGUGCCCUGCUUCCCCGCAGACCUCCUCUUUGGGUGAAAAGGAGGCAGGACCCUCAAAGGAGCAGGCUCGAGCUGGCAGCCACUUCCUUGGUGCUACCCCCUCGGUUGUACAGCAGCUUUUCUCAGCUGCCGAGGGCAGCCCCCAGAGCGGCCACUUGUGCGUGGCAGCGAGAUGUGCCUGCCAUCUGCCGGCUGAGGGUGCCAAAAACCAAAAUAGGUGAUUGUAGAAAGGGACGCUAUAUCUCAUGCCCACUUGGGAGGCAAGGCUUCUCAUGGCCUCCCCAGUUUUUUCCUGGGCCUUUUUUCACAGUAGAUAAGCAAUCCUUGUAUCAAUUAUAUCACACUAAUGGAAACUCAGCCUCCUUUUGCUCCCUGCCUGGAUGAACAGCUGAACUGUCUAGGUAGGGGCGAGCACAGAACAGUGAGGUCUCCACCUGGAGCCCGUGAGCUCUUGUAAAUACACUAAAAUUCUAAAAAUGA